UCCAAUAAAUCAAGCAAUCAGGGUUUUGGCUAUGGCGACGAGUCUCUUGGCUCACAAGAGUGGCGUCUUCUUUGGCAGCGCGAGCGCGCUCUGCGAUUUCCAGGCGCGACCAGCAUUGCGAUCGUCCAGGCGCGGCACCGUUCGCGCGUCGUCCAGGUCCGCGGGAGGAGAAUGCCGGGAUUUUGCGCUCCGGGAUGUCUUUGCGAAGCGCGCAUUCAAGGUGAUUGCUGGGCUCAACAAUUUCGAUCGAGAGAAUGUGGCUGAUGUGGUUGUCGCCGCCGAGAAGGGUGGUGCGACGCAUGUAGAUAUCGCUUGUGAUCCACAGGUCGUCGAGCUUGCGCUUGGCUUAACUUCAUUGCCGAUAUGUGUCUCUGCCGUGGAUCCAGAGGCAUUUGUGGCGGCUGUGGAUGCCGGAGCACACAUGAUCGAAAUUGGAAACUUCGACUCGUUUUACGACAGUGGCAGAGUUUUUUCUUCCAAGGAGGUCUUAGAGCUCACUAGAAGAACAAGAGAACUUUUGCCACACAUCACUCUUUCAGUGACGGUGCCACAUACUUUGCCACUCGAUGAGCAGGAAAGAUUUCCUUUUUUUUCUAUAUUCAUAAGCUGUCUUACACAUUGCUGUUGGUCUCUCUUCCAGGUCCAGCUCGCCGAGGCUUUAGAGGAAGAGGGUGCCGAUAUCAUCCAAACAGAGGGUGGAACAGCUUCUACUCCUUCCAAGCCUGGGAUCACAGGUCUCAUUGAAAAGGCAACUCCCACACUAGCAGCUGCGUAUUCCAUCUCCAGAGCUAUUACGCUUCCAGUUCUCUGUGCCUCUGGAUUGAGUGCAGUGACAGCUCCAAUGGCGAUCACUGCUGGCGCUUCUGGAGUGGGCAUUGGCUCAGCUGUGAACAAACUAAACAGCCAACUUGCAAUGGUGGCGACUGUUCGCAGCAUUGCGGAUGCAAUGGGACUAGAACCAUCCACUGAAAAGAUUCCAGAGAGAGCUCGAGACAAAGCUUGAUUAGUUCUUCGACGAUCAAAUCCAAACGAUCACAGUCAUAAGCAAGAACAAAGCAAAACUCCGUCACCACUCUCGUUGGUAUCAAAAUGUAUAUAAUUUAAUAUAUUUGUAAAAAAAGUGAAGAAAGUAAUUAUUAUAAUUGAUUUGUUCUGAAAUA